GAGAAAAUUGAGGGGCAUGGGGCCUGAGGGAAACACCAACGGCUAACCAAUGCGGAAAUUUCAUUGAUAGUUCAGAAGAUUGUUUUUGCAUUUGGGGCAUCCAGAAGUGCUCUCAGAAGAAGAUUUGUUUGUUACUACUGUACUUUUUAGCAGGAUUUUUUUGUUGUUGAUAAAAUGGCGUUUGCUGCUGCUGCUACUACCUAUCAGACAUACAUUCCUCUCCCUUCUGGCUCAGGUCCCAAACAUCCAGAUCAUGAAGCGCUUUUAUCAUUGGUGCCAAUUUAUGUAGUCACCCAUGCAUCACAACUUCCUGUUGAAUUUCUCUAUCCCUCUCCAAAACAGCAUCUGGUGAUUGGAUUUGAUUGUGAGGCUGUUGACCUCUGUCGAUAUGGAACUCUUUGUAUUAUGCAGCUUGCUUUUCAGGAUGCUGUCUAUUUGGUCGAUGUUGUUCAAGGUGGGGAAGAGCUAAUGGAAGCCUGUAAACCUGCUCUUGAGUCUAGUUAUGUCACAAAAGUGAUUCACGAUUGCAAACGGGACAGUGAGGCUUUGUAUUUUCAAUAUGGAAUCAAGUUGCACAAUGUUGUGGAUACCCAGAUAGCAUAUCAUCUCAUAGAGGAACAGCGGAGGCAGAAAAGAUCACAGGAUGGCCACAUUUCUUUUGUUGGCCUCCUUGCCGAUCGGCGCUAUUGUGGUAUUUCAUAUGGUGAGAAGAAAGAAAUCCGUUCCUGUCUUAGAGAGCAUCCAAAUUUUUGGGCGUACCGACCCUUGUCUAAAAUGAUGGUCCAUGCAGCUGCGGAUGAUGUCCGCUUUCUUCCUUAUAUUUACCACAAGAUGAUGGAGAAACUGAAUGACAGUUCCUUAUGGAAACUGGCCAUUCGUGGUGCACUCUAUUGUCGAUGUUUCUGCGUUAGCAAUAUUGGUUAUGCAGAUUGGCCACCAAUCCCCUCUGUUCCAGAUAACCUCAUUGUAGAAGGGAAUAGUCCGGAGGAGGAGAUCCUAUCAGUCCUUCAUGUCCCUCCUGGAAAAAUGGGGUGUGUCAUUGGGAGGAAGGGAUCUUCAAUCUUGUUGAUCAAAGAAUCUUGCACGUCUUCAUUAUUGGACCGGUCAAGCAGGUGAGAAAAGCAGAAGCCAUUCUCAGAGGGAGGAUGCUAGGACAUGCAUUUUGAGCCUCUGUUUGAUGUACGGCGGCUGGCGUUGAUCUUAGAGCUGGAGCUCCGGUUUUACCUUGGCGUUACGUUUCGUGUAAACUCAAGGUACCUAUACUCAUAAUUCUGAUGUAAAAAUGAUGUCAAAUUGCUCAAUGGAACACUUCUAUCUUGUUAUAUGGUAAAAUUGGCUCUGGAAAACAACUGUUCUUGUUAAACAGUGGAAGUGAGCAAACGGUCUUGAGUUUUGCUUUCUGCUGGACUAAUACCAGUUCUUUAUGACGA